AUGGGAGAAGCGCCCAAAACACCAACGCAAAGCCAACCACCUACCAGAGAACCAAGAUUACCGCCAAAAGAUGAUUCUCAACCAUGCCUCAACGAAGCGUGUCAAAUUCAGACAUGUUUGCAAAAGAAUGAUUAUCAAGAGGCACGUUGUCAACAAGCGAUUGAUAAAUUACUUCAAUGUUGUGAUAAGUUACUAAAGAGUGGAGGUGAAUCACCAAGUUGCUCUAGUGUAAAGAAUAAAAACAGCAGGCCUACGACGGCAUACACUUCUUCUAUCAACAACUCUAGUUCUACGAGUCCUUAUUAUCACCAAAUACAACCCCCAGUUCUUGACCAACAAUCGCAAGCCAUGGCUCAACCACCCAUACAGAAAAAUUUGUCCGCCUCUCAGUGGUUUAACCCAACUUCAAUGCUUCCAUCUUCUUUUAGUCCAUAUCAACCUUCAAAUGGUCCAAUGCAAAAUAUUGUUGGUAUUGAAGAUAAUAAACCAACACAGAUCCAAAAACAACUUUACUCUCAACAUAACCUUUCCGGACAUCAAAGUGCUCCAACACUUCCACCACCGCAAAAUCAAAACGUCUCAAAUGUACAUCAUGGUGUUGAUAUGUCGAAUUCAGCGAAUAUGGUUUCUGGUAGAGGUUCUGCAAGAAAUGUGACCAAUUCUAAACGUGCCGCUCAGAAUAGAGCCGCCCAACGCGCUUUUCGUCAACGUAAAGAUAGAUACAUUAAAGAUUUAGAAGCAAAAGCAAAAGAAUUGGAAGCCACCAAGAAACAGGUAGAAGCAUUACAAAAAGAUAAGUCGGAAAUGACCGCGAUCAUCCGUAAUUUAAGGAAUGAGAAUGCAAAGUUAAAGGGCGAGGAAGUCGUUGAAGAUGAUAAUAGACAUAAUGGAACCAAUUCUGGUGCUAGCUCGAAUCCUAGUUAUCCUCAUUACAGUAAUUCAUCAUCGCGAAAUGAUGAGGAUAAUCAAGUUCUUGAAGAACCAUGGCUCAGACAUAAGGAGUCUGUUCGUAAAGAGGCAAUGAAUCGUCCUGGAUCUGGUCUUACUGAUAGUCCACCCAGAGGUUCCGGAAUUGUCCUGCCACCUGGUCCCAACACUGAUACCACUAUUGAACCUUUUUUCAGACCUGAUUAUCGUCAUCCAAAUUCCAAUAGUCCAUCUCCUCCAUCAUCAACUUCUUCCGAUCGUAACCGAGGUUCAUAUGGUGCAUCACAAAGUGCUAACGGAAGAGCUGGAUACUCUAGCAAUGAGGAAGACACUGAUCGAGUCUACGACGACUUGUGUGAAUUAUUGAAGACGAGAUCACGUCCGGCUUUACCGCAAAAUAUUGGUAUGAAUAUUUGGCCACAACCAACACAGCAAAUUUCUAAUCAAAAUAUUGUAUCUACCGCUAAUGGUAGUGGUACUGUUGUGGGGUGA